CAGGUAUGUCAUCGUUGCUCUUUUCUUUUCAGACUCCUGGACUUCAGGCUCUGCUGAGGUCACCUGAUUAAGAUGAAGAAAUCUGAAAAAGUACCAGAAUUAAAGAGACCAUGUGAAGUCGGACAGGUGAACCAAGAGUUGAGGAGUCCGCCGGCUCGUGAUGCUCUGACUGUCGAGCUGAUGCAGCUCAGAAAGCCAGGAGACGGAGGAGCUACUUCUGCCUCGAGGAAUCUCAAUCGCCGCCCUCGUCGUGCAGAGACCAGGGAGGGUGACGCGAGAGGAGAGAGCUGCUGUUGGGACUGUGGAGCUUUACCGCUGUGGAACAGCAGAGCCUGCAAACAGAGACACAACCUGAGUGAUGAGGCGGAUCUUGAGCGUCCCUUGCCGCUCAGAUCUGUUGAUGAGUGGCCACACCACAGACCGCUUCUACCACCUCACCACGACAUGAACAACUACGACCGUCAUCACACUAUGGAUGUCAGGUGUUUUCACUCUGCAGGAGAAGGGCAGUUCAACCUCAGUCCACUCAACAUGUACCUUCCUCAGCCGGGUUAUCACUUUGCUUCCUGCCUGCCCAGAUGGGACGACGCACAACACUGGCUCGGACAUCAUGGUAACUUUAUGAAUGACAGCGGGGCUCAGGGAAGGGUCUCAGUUAACGUGCCCCAGUUCUCCGUCCCUCCUCUGGAGGCCGUGCCACAGGUCAACGUGAUGAACCUGAGCUCUGUCUCACAUCCACACAAACAAAGAAGGAGCAUCAGUCUGCCUGAUGAGUGCCGAAACGUUUUUAUAACUUAUUCUACGGACAUUUCUUCAGAGAUAGUCCCCUUUCGGCCAGCUAUUGACAUUUUUGACAACCCCAUCAGGCGUAUGGAUAUCAACAAGUGGAAGGACGGUUAUCUGAAAGAUCCAUCAACCAUGAUCAUCAUUGCCAUCAGUCCAAAGUACAAGGCGGACAUUGAAGGAUCUGUAGUGGAUAGCCAUGGUCUAAACACUAAAUAUAUUCACUCCAUGAUGCAGAAUGAAUUCAUCCACCAAGGCAGCUUGAAUUUCAGAUUCAUACCGCUUCUCUUCCCCAAAGCGUCCCAGAAACAUGUCCCAAGUUGGCUUCAGAACACGCAUCUUUACCGCUGGCCGCGGGACACUGAGGAUGUGUUACUGCGGCUACUGAAGGAGGAGCGAUACAUUCCUCCUCCUGUACCUCUGGAGCUCACCCUCACCAUUAGGCCUGUGACCCUCAGUGCCACAGCUACACUGUAGAGACACACCAGUACCGGCUUAAUGCCGUAUUUAUGUUUUGUUUAGCAGAUUUUUUUAUUAUGCAGCUUGUGUAUUUUAAAAUCUCAGAAUUGAACCACUCUAAGUGAAUAACAGCUCGUGUUGUAUCGGAUGUCGUUUUUUUUUUCCAGAAGUUUCAAAGACAUUUUUUGUCCGUGUACCUAUUCACAAUUGAAUUUGAUGGGAAAUUUACCAGACAUAGAUGUCCGUCAAGGGAUUAGAUUUAUUUGGAACAUACAUUGAAAAUAAACAUAUCGAGCAAAUUCUGAUUGGUCAAUUAAAAACGGCUAUGAAUGCAAGAACUUUGCUUUGGACGCAGUUCUGAUCACCGUACACAACAAGACCAUUUUUUGUGGAAACAAUCAAAUUAUAUUU